CAUUCAUUCAUCCAAGACCCUGCCUACGUCUUGUCCGUUCGUGUGUUGUUGUGUACAUAUUCAUUUGACCUCCUUUCGUUUCCUUUCAUUUCCACACGCUACGCUGCUUGAUUGACAUCUCCAAUCGUCAGUCACGAGGAGGGACCACAAAAACACACAAGGUCGGUCGCAUAGAUAGACAUAUGCAUUGCAUUCGGGCACACACGGCACACACAGCACAGCUGAUUGAUCUGAUGGAUGGAUGAACCAUCCAUCCAUCCAUCCACAUCACAUACUCGACAGUCCGCAUAGCCUGCUCUCCUCGCUGUACAAAACUUGGCACACCUCGGCAGCCCGAGGUGUGUCAGGUGGGCACUCUAGUUGGGUGGCACCCAACGCCCAAACCCUCGCCCGAAUCAACAGAGGCCCUCACUCCCUCCUUGCCGGCUGCUGCUGCAUUCGCAGAGUGGUUGGCUGUGCGCUUCGCGCAGGCUGAUCGCAGUCAGUGGCGUCCUCUCAUGAGUCGGACUUCUGUUUGUUGACGUUGAGCACCGCCAUGAACGCUUCCUGGGGCACCUCAACAGACCCAAUGUUCUUCAUACGCUUCUUGCCCUGCAUCACAUCACAUCACACACACACACACAGACACGAGCAAGGCAAGGCGGACAGCGCGUGUGGUGUGGCCAGAAGUGCGUUUGAUGCGUGCUGGUCUUGGUGUACCCACCUUCGCUUGUUUCUGUAGGAGUUUUUUCUUUCUCGUGACGUCGCCGCCGUAGCACUUGGCGAGCACAUCCUUCCUGAUGGCGGGGAUGUGACUCGACGCCACUGGCUUGCUGCCUGCAGGCAUGACACACAUGACACACACAGGGGCGACUGAUGGAUGGUUCGUGCUUUGCUUUAUGUGUUUCGUGUGUGUGGUUAGGUUACCCCACACCACAGCCGCUUAGCUUACCGAUGCAGGCCUGUAUGGGGACCUUGAACUGCUGCCGGGGGAUGAGCUCCUUCAGGGCCUCGGUCAGCUUCUUGCCGUGGGGGUGGGCGUUGUCCUUGUGCACCACACACGCCAGCGGCGGCGCGUCCUCGCCGUUGAUGCGCACCGCCAGCUUGACAAGGGGGUUCACCCGGUAGCCCGUCACACUGUAUUCCAUAGACGCAUACCUGACACACACAGACGCCCGACACUAUGAUAUGGAUGGAUGGCGGGCGCCCCCCACCGCACCCUUUGGUUCGUGAUUUGAGCAUGUCGAAGAAGUCGGUGAUGACUUCAGCGAGGGGGAGGUCGUAGACUAUGGUGGUGCGGGUGGGCGACAGGUACUUCUGCUCCACCAGCUCGCCGCGCCGCGACUGGCACAGAUCCAUCACACCACCGACAAACCUGACGUACACACGGGACAGACAGACAGACAGACAUCCGCACACACUACCAUGCCGCCAUCUUCGUCCGUUGUCCGUACUCGCUCGGCACAAGGAUUUCCAUCCUGCAGUACGGCUCAAGCGUCUCGGCGAUGUCCUGCGUCUCCUCCGGCCACUUGGCAGGGUUGUCCACCAUCAGCUCGCGGCCGUCCUUCAUCUUGACCAUGAAGUUGACCGAAGGCGCCGUCACCACCAGGUCGAGCCCGUACUCCCUCUCCAGCCUCUCUUGCACGAUGUCCAUGUGCAGCAAGCCGAGAAAGCCGCACCGAAAGCCAAAACCCAUGGCAAUGGAGUUCUCGGGCUCGAACUGGAGGGCCGCGUCGUUGAGCUUGAGCUUGCUGAGGGCGUCCUUGAGGUCGUUGUACUGGUCAGUCGAUGUGGGAAAAAGUCCGCAGUAGACCAUGGGGUUGGCCUCCGAGUAGCCGGGCAGCCGCUCGACCUGGUCCUUCUUGAAGGCAGAGGUGAGCGUGAUGGUGUCGCCGACUCGUGCGUCCUCGACGGACUUGAUGGAGGCUGACAGCCAGCCAACCUCCCCGGCGCGCAGGACGUCCACCUCCCUCUGUGAGGGCGACAUGACGCCCACCUGGUAGACCUCGAAGUCCUUGCCCGUCGCCAUGAACGUGAUGCGGUCGCCCUUGCGAACCUCACCGUCAACCACCUACACACACAUACCGGUUCACAUCAUUUCCGUCGACGCGAUGCAAUGCAUCCCUGUCUGUCUGCCUGCCUGUCUGCCUGCCUGUCUGUCUGUCUGUCUGUGUGGCUUAGUUACCCUGAAGAAGACGACAACCCCUCGGUAUGUGUCGUAGUAGGAGUCGAAUAUGAGGGCUUUGAGCGGUCCGCCCGUGGGAGGUGUGGGCGGGGGCACCUUGUGCACGACUGCCUCGAGGAUCUCCUCGAUGCCGAUGCCCUUCUUGGCGGACGCCUGGAUCGCGUCAGAGCAAUCCAAACCUGCACAAUGAUAUCAUAGGCAUGCAUUGGCAGCAAACAAACUCUCCGUCAUAUAUUUCAGGCUUCUUGUACUGUGCAGUGCAGUGCUGCUCGCUCACCGAUGGUUGUCUCGAUCUCGUCGAGGACGCGAUCCGGGUCAGCAGCCUGACGCGACACAUCACAUCAACAACCAAGACACCAUCCAUCCAUCCAUCCACUCCCCUCGCCCGCAAGGCCUCUCCUCUCUGUCGAAUGCUCUUCCUUACCGGCAUGUCGAUUUUAUUGAGCACAGGUAUGACCUCCAAAUCGUUGUCGAUAGCCAGGUACACGUUGGCCAGUGUCUGCGCCUGCACACCCUGGCUGGCGUCAACCACCAGCAGGGCCCCCUCGCAGGCCGCCAGGGACCGUGACACCUCGUACGAGAAGUCGACAUGGCCUGCGGGCAGCCGCGAAACACAGAGAGAGGUCAUACAGACGGUGUCUGUCUUGGAGUGAGCGUCUCCUCUUCGCGGCCUCUUUGUAAGGCAGACAUACACACCAUACCUGGCGUGUCGAUGAGGUUGAGGAUGUAGGUCUUGCCAUCCUUGGCGGCGUAACGCAUCCGUGCUGCCUGAUGACGGAAGACCACACACACACACACACACAUGCACACACACAUGUGAGGGUGAGAAGGAGGGCUGGCGAUGGGGAGGGUGGGGGGGGUGGGGGGGCGACCUGCAGUUUGAUGGUUAUUCCCCUUUCCCUCUCCAGGUCCAUGCUGUCGAGAAACUGAGCCUGCAUGUCCCGAGACUCAACUGACACACACACACACACACACAUACGAGGCAGCAUCACAUCCACACCACCCACCCCCCGGCCGUCGAACGGACCUGCUUUGGUCAUUUCGAGCAUUCUGUCAGCCAGUGUGGAUUUGCCGUGGUCGAUGUGGGCGAUGAUGCAGAAGUUGCGGAUCAGAGAGGGGUCGUAGUCAGACCUGGGGGAGGGCAUUUGCCUGCCCGCGGGGGACGACACACGGGGUGGUGCACUCUGCACUGCAGGGGUGUGUGCAUCUGCUGCUUUGGGGGGCGGUGCUGCUGGGGGGUCUGCUGUCACAGACGGGGCCGGCCGCUCUGCGAACAGCACCAGAGGGAGGGACAACAAGCACAAUAAUCCGUCGGUGAAGGAGAUAGCAUUCGUUGUGUUGUGCGCCCACCUUGUGUGGCGGAUGACAUAUGCGCUGCAGGUCGCCGCCUCUGGUGCCGCAUAGCAGCCGGUGCAGCUCGCCUCGGCCACCUCAUCACGCCAGGCCGCACGAAGGCUUCGCUGCCACUCGCGAGUGUCGAAAGAAUGGAUCCACCUGCAGACAUACAGCAGAGGCAUAAAACAUUCAUUCGCAGCCAACACAAAGGAAGGCCAAUGACAUCAAUGACGAGCAAUCAGGCGUGUGUGCACUGUACUGCCGAGAUGACUCACUUGGUAGAUGCGCUGCAUCAGAACAGAGCCAGUGAAAGAAGCAGCCGAUUGACAGAGUGGUCCACAGGGAGUGCCAUCUUCGAAAUGGCCUCCAGCAGGUCCUGUUGCCUCGGUGUGAAGCAGCCUCCCGCCUCAGAUCUGAGCGUGUUGAUGCGCUGCUCGCCGGAUCUGGCGCACAAGAGGCAGAUUCGGCAAUGCAGGGCUCCAUUCUUUGCAUCCUUUUCGCAACCUUAGGGGA